CCAAAUACAUGUUUAUUGAAGAUGAGCUGGAAAAUCUGAUUCUGCGUUGAAUGACAAAGUGCUAGGAAUAAAUAACAAACCCUUACAUCUGGAUGAUACUUGAGAACUUACAAAGUAUUUUUUGUACCUUGUCAUUUAUUUUCUUCAUUCCUUUCUUAUUAUAACCCUGGGAAGUGGGCGUUAUCAGUGGUAAACUCAGAGUGACUUGCUAAGUGUUCAAGCUGGGACUGAAAAGCCACUCUGUGCUGCCUUCUAGUGCGUUGAUGAGUGCAGUGCUUUCUGGGUUGUAAAAAAACAAAACAAAACAAAACAAAAAAACCACACACACACACACACACACACACCCCCUACUGAAGUCUGUUCUUUUUGCAUCUGACCACUCUCCUGUGCCUCUUUUCAUUCAGGAAAUUAAGGUUUCUCCCUAAGUCUCCACACUACACUUUUUCUCUAGUGGAGGCAGUAAUGAGUUGCAGGCUCUGUUCUGACAUGCUCAGAAAAAUGCAGCACUGCAAGUCAUAGCCAAAAACAACUCCACGUACUCAGCUGGGGCUACCCGUCAGCUACUGCGGGCAGAGGCAGAACCGGGGAUUCAGGGAAAGGACAGAUUAUUCUUAUUCUGCCUCUCAAACUCCUGGCUGGGAGACGUACUUCGGAUGAAACCAGGCAAUCUCAUCAAGGGAUUCAACGCUCCCUUACUAUCGAUGUCACCCACGCCGUUUCAAGUGCUCUUGCUUCCGAAAACCUUUGAUCAGGAGGCUGCGGCUAGAAAAGCAACCAAAGGUUUCUUGCCGGGCUUAACGGGCCACAUCUUAGUGACGGCUCGGGUUAUAAAGUCUGCUUGGCAAUAAAAUAUCGUGUGAGCGAUUCCGCUCCUCCCCCGACAUGACGUGACCACACACGCCGCUGGCGUCAGGGCUGCCUUACACCCCCAGGAAGACCCAUUCCCACUCUGGGGCACCCGCAGAUUUGCUGAGGCACAUGCACUAUAACGCACAGGCAAAAAGGCAGUUUCCAAAACGUCUCCCAGUGAUCACGCUCCAGAGAUUUUCUUUUCCUAAAGUUUUUAGGGCUGCGCGGAAGGGAACAUGGGGUUCACCUUAGGAAAUUUCAGACGCCACCCCCCUCGGAGGAAGGUAGUCGCGUCCGGUUCCUCCCCGGGUGUCAGUUAAGCAGUCCCGGCUGUGAGUAAAGGUUCUGGGCGGGGCUGGACUGUUCUAAGUGAGUUCGGGUGGGGGAGCUUCACGAGGGGAGGCUGCCGUGUGAAAGAACCGCCUUUCUCUCCGCGGGUCUCACCCUUUUCUCCUGGUAUCUGUUUGGACAUGAAUUGAGCGCACAGUCGCGGACGGUCAGCCCUGUUCGCAGCUAUGGCGAGGAGGGGCGGGAUUGCUCCGUGUUGCUGCUCCGCUCAGUGGCCGCGUCCAUUCCGCGCGGUGUCCGGAGUUUAGGGGUAGGGAGAAGUGUCAGCUUCAGGCAUCGCGAGGCGUGGCGGCCCAUGGCCCCGCUGGCAGGCGCCCCGCGGCUGGUGCUGCUGUUCAGCGGCAAGAGGAAAUCCGGGAAGGACUUCGUGACCGAGGCGCUGCAGAGCAGACUCGGAGCUGAUGUCUGUGCUGUUCUGCGGCUCUCGGGUCCACUCAAGGAGCAGUAUGCUCAGGAGCAUGGCUUGAACUUCCAGAGACUCCUGGACGCCAGCACCUACAAGGAGGCCUUUCGGAAGGACAUGAUCCGCUGGGGAGAGGAGAAACGCCAGGCUGACCCAGGCUUCUUUUGCAGGAAGAUUGUGGAGGGCAUCUCUCAGCCCAUCUGGCAUCCUGUCCUGUUGGUCACCUGUGUCCCUCCCCUGCAGUUGGUGAGUGACACACGGAGAGUGUCUGACAUCCAGUGGUUUCGGGAGGCCUAUGGGGCCAUGACGCAGACUGUCCGCGUUGUAGCGUUGGAGCAGAGCCGACAGCAGCGGGGCUGGGUGUUCACGCCAGGGGUGGACGACGCUGAGUCAGAAUGUGGCCUGGACAACUUUGGGGGCUUUGACUGGGUCAUCGAGAACCAUGGAGAUGAACAGCGCCUGGAGGAGCAGUUGGAGAACCUGAUAGAAUUUAUCCGCUCCAGACUGUAGUCGCUAGGUUCUAGGAGUCAGCUGGGGCCUGCUGCGGUGGGGGUGGGGCUGACUCUGCAAGAUGAGGGGUCCCCUGAUCCUGGCCAAGGUGAGGAACAGACAGAGGGGGGUCUAGAUUCUGAAGGGGUUGGUGGAUGUUGGGCAAAGCAGGAAACGUCUGGAGACCUCAUUUUCUCCAUGGGGAAGACAGCCAUGCUCUUCAGGAGGAGACUCCAAGGGCAAAGGAGGGUGACUUGGCUGUGCUUGAAGGAGAAACCCUGCUGUCUCCCCAGUGCCAGUCCCCUCAGCCUGUGGCAGCCUGGCACCCUGACUGGAUGUUCUCAGCCCCUUGUUCUGGGAAAGAACCCAGGGCUCCCCAGUGUGUUUACUAAUAAACCUCUUUGGAGCACACUCUCA